GAUUAUCAAUCUCAAUAACCCUUUUUCUUUGCUGAUUUUCAGCUUCAAGCAUCCAACUUCCCUUCUUUGCUAAAUAAUAUCAAUCUCAUUGUGAUAAUUAGAUUUAGCCUUUUUCUUGUACCAAUCUUAAGUUAAAUUAUCUGUUAGAAUCAACAGUUCUCCGUCUCAAAACGAAUUUAUGCUGUGGAAUAGCCUGCAAAGUGUGAGUUCUUCUCUAUAUCAUGCUUGUCCAACUGCUACAAUCUGAACCCAGAGAGGCAGCUCAACCUUAAGCGAGUGAAGCAGUUGCCAAAUGCACCAUAUUUGGUAACAGAUUAAUAUCAUUUUCUCCCAUCAAAUUUCUUUUAGUUACUUAGAAAGAGGUUCCCCAGAAUCUCUGCAUAAAACUCUCAAACAUCUUGAGCCGCCUGGGGAGUAAUUUAGAUAUUCACGAGUAAUUAUGCGGAAAGCAAAUGUCGUAUCGAAGUUGAGAUCAUGGAGAUGGAUCCACAGGUUUAUUCUAAUAGUAGGCACUCUAGCUAUUCUAAUCUGUAUAGCCACCUUGUCGAAAGCCUAUUAUCUCAGGUUUUUUCUUGUUACCGAUACCUCCUCCUCAUGCUACUCCAACAGUUUCACUACUCAUGCCUCGACUGCAACGGAGAUCAAGGCGACAAUCGAAAUUGUUGUCCAGAAAAUUCAACAAGAAAUCGACAGGAUGAGAGAUUUGCCACAUGAAUCAUCAUCUUCUGAGUCGAAGCACGUUUCUUUUCUUGCGGACAUUUUGGGCCUUGUUGAGUCUGUGAAAGCAUCUUUAUCACGUGCGGAUGGGACUGCCAAGCAAAAUGGCGUUGUAAUUCAUCCUCUGUCAGGAACUAAUCAAGAAACUGAGGAACCUGCUGAGUACUUCUUGACAGAGGAAAUUAGAAAGUAUGUCAGGAUCAAACCCAACAGGCUCAAAAAACAGAAUUUCAUGGGAGCUAAUGGCACUUUCACCAGCAUUGGACAUGCAUGUUUUUCGAUGAAAAAACAGCUCGAAGAGUAUAUGGAGUACGAUAUAGGCGAUAUAUGUAACGAUGACUGGAAAUUAGCGCAAAAAUUGAUGGUUCAUGGCUGUGAUCCACUACCAAGAAGGAGAUGCUUUGCUAAAUCCCCUCAAUACUACACUAAGCCUCUCCCUGCUAUUGAAUCCAUGUGGAAACUACCUGAUGAUCGAAAUGUCCGUUGGAGUCAGUAUAGAUGCAAGAACUUCACUUGCCUGGCGAAAAACACAACGCAAAAGGGAUUCUUUAAAUGUGCAGAUUGCUUCAAUCUUGAUGAUCAUGAAUGGACUAGAUGGAUCAAACCAGCAUAUCAAGAUCCCAAUUCAAAUCUAACAGCAGAUUUUCUUAUCAAAGAAAUUCUUGAUCUAAAGCCUAGUGAAAUCCGUAUUGGAUUAGAUUUCAGUGUAGGUACUGGUACAUUUGCUGCAAGAAUGAAGGAAUUCAAUGUCACUAUAGUUUCUGCUGCUAUAAAUCUUGGAGCUCCCUUCAACGAAUUCAUCGCGCUCCGUGGGCUAAUCCCUCUUUACUUGACGAUAAAUCAACGACUUCCCUUCUUUGACAACACGUUAGAUUUGAUUCAUACAACAAGAUUUCUUGAUGGAUGGAUCGAUUUUGUGCUUUUAGAUUUCAUAUUGUAUGAUUGGGAUAGAGUUUUAAGACCUGGAGGGCUUCUCUGGAUUGACAGCUUCUUCUGCUUGAAAGAAGAUUUAUAUGACUAUUUGCAAAUAUUCAAAAUGUUAAGGUAUAAGAAACACAAGUGGAUUGUUGUCCCAAAAAGAGACAAAAGUGAUGAUCUUGAAGUGUUCUUCUCUGCUGUACUAGAAAAGCCACCAAGGCCUUUCAGAUAAUCAUGUUCAUGAAGAGGUAACAUUUAUGUUUCUAGAUCUGA